AUGGUCGAAGUGGAGACUACAAAAGCCAAAGUGCGAAGCAGUAUUUUAUCCCGAAUUGCCAGCGCUGGAAUAAACCUGCCAUCGCUAAAUGAGCCCACCGUCAACAACUUCAAAGUGGAGUUCUUUAGUUCCCCCUCCAAUAAACUUCUCGACAAACUAAGUAAGCAUCGACUGAAUGAGCCAGUUGUCGCGAAGAAGGAGGAAGAUGUUUUUAAGUGGGGCCGCAUCAAAGAGCAGAUGAUCGCUGACAUGGAAAAGAAUCGAGACGAGGAGUGGAAGAAGCAGCUGCUGGACGAGAAGUUGAACAACGAAGAGGAUCUAGAAGAGGAGAUGUUUGGCGAUGAUGAUGACCUGUCUGAUGAAGAAGAAGAAGAAGAGGAGAAAAAGAAGAAGGAUAAGAAGGCAGGUGAAAACUUGCCAAAGGAGGAAAAUGCCGACAGCGAUGAGGAUUAUAAUGAAGAAGAGGAUUUAAACAGUGAUGAGGAAGAGGAUGAAGAGAAUGAUGAGGUUUUGGAAGUCGACAAACAUCCCAAAACACAGAAUGCCUUCAUUGACGAUCAAGCGGAGGAGGAAAACUCGGGCCAAAGUGAUAAUGAAUUCGACGACGACGACGAUCUAUUUACCGGCAUCAAACAUAAAGCUCUUAAGCAUAAGUUCUCCGUCAUUGACGACAGUGAUGAGAGCGACUUUGAUGCUGAUGGCGAGCAGCAGCCUACUGCCAAAUUUGAGGCCGCUCUCGAUAAUGGCGAAAAAGGAGAAAACAACGAUAGCAACGAUGAAUACGACAAUAGCGCAAAGACUUCGGAGUUGCCUUCAAAUGAAACUGCCAAAUCGAGCGUCCACUCGCCUUUUCCCUUUCCCAGCCUGGACACACAGGACGACCAGGGCGUUUUUGCCCCCGAGUCGAAGCAGUUUUGCAUCUCGCAGAACCUUCCUCUGACUCCACUUGACGGUAGCCAGGGAAGUCGUUCACCCUCUAACUCAUCGCUCUUUGAUGAGAGCAGCUUUCCCUUUGGCAGUGGCAACUUUGGCGACGACUCGCAGCUGGCUGACAUGUGCUCGGGAAAGUUUGGCACUGUUCCGUCUAUGUCUUCAUCGGAAAAGAUGUCUCCAGUCAAGGACUUUGUCGACGAAGAAGCUGCCGAUGAUGCUGCUGAUGGUGAUGACGAGGCUGAAGGUGGAGAUGACAUUUUAAAAGAAGGCGAAGAAGAGGCGGACGAUGAGGAAGAGGAAGAAGAGGAUGAUGAGGAGAAACCAAUCGUCAUUAAGCGCAAAAAGCAUCGAGUUUCGGAUUUUAUCGAGAAUGAAGCCGAGCUGUCGGGAAGUGAAGGCGAUGUGAGCAGCGAUGAGGACGAUGACGAGGACGAUGAGGUGGAUGAGGAGGAAGAGGACAUUCAGGAGGACCUGCCCUCGGAUGAUGAACUUCGCGAUCAAGUGGGCAAAAUGCACAA